GCCUUACCGCGGGCGUGCUUAAUGCCAAGAGCCACUGCACAGCGCCAGUUUCGCAGAUCCACGGGCAGAUGAGCAAGUCCCCGCAUCACAAAAGUUUCUAUCGUUCCGUGUGGGUUUACCGACUUCUGCUGCUCUUGCAAAACUUUUGGCGCCUGCAAGACUUUUGAGUGAGAUUGAGAGGGGAAACUUUUCGGGGGUGGAUAUCGCCUCAGCACUGAAACUUACUUUUUUAAAAAAAGUCUUGUUACUGUCACAUCACCCCGUCUGAGGAUGUACCACAGGAUGGCAGAGAUUCUUACUCAGAAAAGAGGCAUUCUGGAACUAUUAUACCUGUGUUUAACGGUUUCUGUGACAUAUUCCUACAACAUCGACUUGCAACAUCCCCUCUUGUUUAAUGGUCCAGAGGAGGGAACGUUUUUUGGAUACUCUGUCCUGCAGCACUUCCAUGACAAUACGCGCUGGAUUCUGGUCGGUGCCCCCCGGGCGAACUCUUCCUACAGCAGUUCCGUGCACUCCCCAGGAGCGCUGUACAAGUGUCGCGUGCACAGCAACCCGAGUCGGCGCUGCACCGAGAUGGACCUGGGCAGGGGAAACAAACAGAGGGAGUCGUGCGGCAAGACGUGCCAGGGGGACCGAGAUGACGAGUGGAUGGGAGUCAGCCUGGCGCGGCAGAACAGGCCUGACGGAAAAAUACUGGCGUGUGCCCAUCGCUGGAAGAAUGUGUACUACGAGUCGGAGCACAUCCUGCCCCAUGGCUACUGCUCCAUCAUCGAACCCACCCUGCAGGGACGCACACAGCCCCUCAUCCCCUGCUACGAAGACUAUAAGAAGACGUAUGGGGAAGAGCACGGCUCGUGCCAAGCGGGGAUAGCAGGCGUGUUUGCAGAGGAGCUGGUCGUGAUGGGUGCACCAGGCUCCUACUACUGGACCGGCACGGUGAAGGUCUUCAACAUGACUUCCAGCACACUCUACAGCCUCCACAAAGACGCGGUGACUUCUCACAGAUACAGCUACUUAGGGUAUGCGGUGACUGCAGGCCACUUCUCCUCUCCCAGCACCAUAGAUGUUGUUGCUGGAGCUCCCCAGGACAGUGGUGGGGGAAAGGUGUAUAUUUUUAGAAUCGAGGGCUCAUCACUGGUGAAGACAUUUGAAGCCUCAGGGAAAAUUAUGGGCUCGUACUACGGCUCGUCUCUGUGUGCAGUGGACCUGAAUGCUGAUGGGCUGUCGGACCUGCUGGUGGGGGCCCCCAUGCACAGCCAGCACCGCGACGAGGGACAGGUCACCGUGUACCUGAGCCAUGGCAAUGGAGCCAUGGAAGAGACUGCGGUCCUGAGCGGGAGGAAUGCGUACAACGCGCACUUCGGAGAGUGCAUUGCUGCCAUCGGGGACAUUGACGACGACGGCUACCAAGAUGUAGCCAUUGGUGCCCCUAAGGAGGAUGACUAUGGUGGAGCUGUCUAUAUUUACCACGGAGACGCCAGUGGCAUCACCAGCAAAUACUCCAUGAGGCUGUCUGGCCGGAGCAUCAGCCCCAACCUGAGGAUGUUUGGCCAGUCCAUAUCGGGGAAUGUGGACAUGGAUGGAAACGGUUAUCCAGAUGUGACGAUUGGAGCUUUCAUGGCUGACAGUGUGGUGAUGCUCAGGACGCGUCCGGUGAUCACGGUGGAGGUGUCCAUCUUCCUGCCGGUGUCCAUCAACAUCACGGUGCCCCAGUGUCACGAGGGGCCGCAGCACCACAACUGCUUUAAUGUCACCACCUGCCUGCGCUUCAGGGGAAAACAGGUGCCCGGACAGAUAGAGCUGCUGUAUAACCUGACUGCUGAUGUGGAUAAGCGUGUGAAGGGCCAGCCGUCGCGCGUCUACCUGACCCACAACCGAGAGCAGACCACGGUGGUCAGCCAGAGCCUCAGCAUGAACAUCAACCGCCAGCAGUGCCAGCACUACACGGCCCACGUCAGGGUGAGUCUACUGUAUAUGAAAGGGGUCAACAUCACACUCUUAGACCCCCUGGACCCCUUGUGUUUCUGUCGACUCAUGUCCUGUCCUUUAACAAGCCUCGCUUUCCUGCUAUAA